AUGAACGGGGGGAAAUCUCAAUCCUCUCGAGAGGAGGACGAAGCCCCGCGAGCUCAAAAACAGUUAAAGAUCGGGUAUCAAGGCCAGGGGAAAGGAAUCGAUACCCAGUCUGUGCCAAAUGCUUGGCUUCCUGCCCCAAUGCUCCACGGGGAGUCAUUGAUGGAAGAUGCAUCCAUGAGGAACCUUGGAGACGGCGAAGGCACUUAUGCCAUCCAGGCCACCUAUAGGCUGGAGGAUAAAGCUAAGGGGCAGAGUAAGUCUGCAGAACUUGAGCGUAAUAAACGUAUAGAGGCUGUGCGAACCCUUAAAAAUUCUGAGGCUGACCUCGCGAAGGCCAAGGAGGACUUAACGGAGAUGACCAGGGCCAAGGAUAAUGUUGAGGCAGGCCUGGCCGGUGCCCAAAAACAGGCCGAAGACCAAACGAGGCACCUACUUUUUGCCGAGAAGCAAUUGGAGAUCGCCAAGGAGCAGAUCAGUGAUUUAAAGAAGAAACUGAUCGAGGCAGAGAAUGCUAAGGGCGUAGCGGAAUGGGCCAGGGAUGAAGCCGUGAAGGCCAAGACAGAGGCUAAGUUUGCCAAGACUGAGGCCGAAACUUUUAAGGACAAAGCCGAGGAGGAGGGUUACGAUGCGGGGGUGGCUGAAACCCAGGCCAUCCUUAAAGCCCAAAUCCCUGGUGUAUGCAGGUUGUACUGCUCCCAGGUUUGGAAUGAGGCCCUCAAACGAGUUGGGGUGGAGGCUUCGUCUGACUUGUGGAAGGCAAAAAGCGUGUUCUAUCCUCCGGCCAUCUGUGUGACCGCCUUCGCCAGCUCAAAGACUGUGAGCGCUCCACAGGAGACUGAAGCUGCUCAGCUCGUUCUCACUCCUGACGAGCCGACUAAGGGAGGAGAGCUUCACGGAGCGACAAAAACACCUGGAGGUCCGAAUCUUGACGUGUCUCAAGAGGCUGCCAAGUCCACAGUCAGUGCUCAGGUCUCUGACACUGAGGAGGCAGCCCUCUUAGUUCAGCCCCUUUAG